AUGUUGUUACAACGAUCCUACGCUUCUCGCCUGUAUAUCACCUCCCCUCUACGCCUCUCAAAUAUCAGGAAUUAUUCCGCCCUUAUUGGGGACUCGGGUCGUGAAUAUCCCCGUGGCACUUUACUUCGACGACAUCCUCAGGAUAGCAGAUUUGACAUUUAUAAAACCGAAUCUCAAGGCAAGACCUUCAUCUUCAAACGUGUACCGAAACCCGUCUUCGAUCUCUCCCAACGCCUUGCGAAUGAUAUUCCGUCAUCACAAUGCCUUCGAAUGCAUGUGGACUCCAACAGCAAAGAAUCUAUUCUCGUGUAUGAUUAUUUUCGAGAUACUUUGCUUUCUCUCCUCGAAAAUGAUCCCGCCUUCCCACCGGAUGAACGGGCGAAAAUCAUCAUGCGAGGUGUUGGAGAGGCCGUCCAAGAACUUCAUACGAAUAGUUGGAUUCACGCUGAUAUCAAGCCAGAUAACAUUCUAGUCGAUUGGACAAGCGAUAGAGAGGGCAACAAAGUCGUCACGCGCGUGGCACUAGGUGAUUUCGACAUUGCCUGUAAACUUCGAGAAGGCGAGGUGCAUCUGACACCGCAUGCUAUUGGUAAUGCCAUGUGGCGGAGUCCUGAAGGCCAAACGGGUUUGCUAACGCGGGCAUCGGAUAUUUAUUCCUUGGGAUUAGUCUAUAUCUACACCCUAGGAGGCGGAGAACUCCUCCUAUUAAACGAUUACCAAAGUCUCCUCAAAGCAGGAAUCCCCCCCCCGAGCAAGAAAUCCUCACGAAACAUUUCUGCUACUUCGGUCCCGUUCCCGAAAAUCUCUACAAGCAAAUCAAGGAUGAUGAGAACUGGAGGCAUGCUUUACGAAUAA